AUGGGCUUUUUCGUUACAGCAGCCAUACCUACUAUUCUUCAAAGUCUCCUUUGUCUAGCUAGGAAAAUGUGGUUGCUGGGUUGUCCAGAAAAGGUAACCUGUGGUGUUAUGGCACAUCAUUUGGUUGGUUCAAGUUGGGUUUGGUGGCUGGUGGUUUGCUUAGUGAACUGUGGCUUUGACGGUGUUGCGGUUCGUUUGUCGACGACGCAUUUCGAGAUAUUUGAGAUUAUGAGAACAUUCACUAGCUUAUUUCACUUGCCAUAUUUCGAGCAGCGGGAAUAUCGAAUAAUUGAUCUUUGGUUUAGAGCACAGCUGAUUAGCACGGUCUAA